AUGUCUAUGGGACAAAGAGCCGGCUUGCUUACUGCGUGCUAUGAAAUGGCGGGCUCAGAAAACCGCAAGCUGAUUGGAGCGGGGUUCAAGGGUUUUGUAUGCAGAGGCGUUUGCAGGGCAACCACGCGGUUUUUACUUGGCUCGUCUAUUUCAAGUGGCUUUCGGGUCGUACUAAUAGGAAUUACAGGGAGCACUGAAACCCCAGGUCCCCUCAGACAAACCCCUGGAUUCGUGGCGACCGCGCCCAUUGGAGCGGCGGGAGCUUACCCAGCCUUUGGCUGCGCCGCCUCCCGGAAACCCCGCGGCUGCUCUCGGGAGCGCGCCCCCCGACCGCUCGCGACCGCUCACGCAUGCUCCCCGCGCUCCCACGCGCGCAGGCCCUUCGCCGCCGCCGCCCACGCAGCCGCGUGCUCUGGCCGCGCGGAGUCGGCGGCUACGCUGCGCCCACCAAGCCAGCUGCCGGCGCUGGGACGAGGUCUCGGAGGAUGCUGCAGCGCGGGGCGCGUCGUCCCCCUCAGUCCACCAGAGCCCGGAUACCUAAGAAAUUCGGCUCUGGGUCUGUGGGGAGCGAAAUGCAACCCAAACUCCAUUUUGCCGAACCCCGCGCAAAUAAACACACACAAGCAUUCACACAGACGUCGCCGCGACCCGCGCCCGCCGCGGCGGAUCCCGGCCGCGUGCGGCCAGGCAAGAGGUCGGGACCCGGGAGGGGUCGCUGCUCGGGACCGGCCGCUAAACGGUGCGACGUAAGUGCCCGGCGUUACCGGCCCGGCUUAAAGGCGCAACUGCCAGCCGGAGGCCUGCAACGCCGGGGCGGGGCCAGGCCGGGCGGAACCGGCCGCGGGAGAGCGGGCAGGCGGGGGAGAUCGGAAAGGAAAAUAGCCGGGGAGGAAGA